AUGGGAGAGCAACCGAGGAUCGAGGCAGCUUUGCCUGAUAUGACGAGUCUAGAUGAAAGCCGCAAGGAAGUCUCUACUCUGAAACAGUCCUUAGUAACCCCCAAAAUUAUUACACGAAUAGGAGCUUGGAAUGUGCGUACCAUGUACGAAACUAGCAAAACAGCUCAAGUGGUCAAGGAAAUGUCAAGAUACAGGAUCAACAUCCUGGGUAUCAGCGAAAUGAGAUGGACAGACUCAGGCCUGACUACACUCGGAUCAGGAGAAACUAUAAUCUAUUCUGGGAGAUCUGAUAACCAACACCAGGAAGGAGUUGGUAUUAUCAUGGAUAAAAUAUCAAGGAAAAGCCUAAUAGGGUGGGAACCAAUCAAUUCUCGCAUGCUUAGAGCCAGAUUCUACUCAAGACAUGUAAAGAUUACCGUAAUACAGUGCUACGCCCCGACAGAACAAGCAAAGGAUGAAGACAAAGACAUGUUCUACCACACUCUACAAGAUCAAAUCGACAGGACUCCACAACAUGACAUUCUUGUGGUCAUGGGAGACAUGAAUGCAAAAAUAGGGGCCAGUAAUGAAGGAUACGAGAUCUGCAUGGGUAAGGAGGGGCUGGGAGAGGCAAAUAACAACGGCCAAAGAUUUAGAGAGAUUUGCCUAGAAAAUGGUCUGGUUAUAGGUGGCAGCUUAUUUCAGCACAAAGAAAUACACAAAUCCACUUGGAUAUCCCCAGAUAAGCGAACCAGCAAUCAAAUCGAUCACAUUGCUAUAAAUAAAAAGUGGAGAAGAUCCAUGAGGGAUGUAAAGGCGAUAAGAGGAGCUGACGUGGGUAGCGACCAUAAUCUAGUCUUGUGCAAACUACAACUCAGGCUUAAGAGAGUUGACAGGAAAGUAAACCACCAGCUAUUUGACUCAGCUAAACUAAAAGAUCCCACCAUUAAGGCAAACUUCGCAAUUGAACUAAAAAAUAGAUUUAGUCUACUCGAGAACCUACCAGAAGAGGACACCAAUACUCAAUGCGAGAAGAUCCUGGAUGUAUACACGAAAACAAGCCAAUGCAUACUAGGACACAGGAACAAACAAAGGAAGGAAUGGAUCUCAAACGAUACUUGGAAUCUCAUUGAAAAGAGAAGAGAAGCCAAAAUCAAAACACUAUCUGGAACCAUGGAAAGCAGGGUACGGAACGAUGUAGAAUAUAGAAGACUGCAAAAAGAGGUAAAAAGGAAUGCUAGGAAGGAUAAAAGGAACUAUGUAGACACAAUGGCCACAGAAGCACAGGCUGCAGCUGAUAAGGGAGAUAGCAGAACAGUCUACAAGAUUAUCAGGACUCUAACAGGAGGAAUAGCAAAUAGAUCAUCUACUAUCAAGGACAAAAACGGGAAAGUUCUUACAACGGAGAAACAUCAAUUGAAAAGAUGGGCUGAAUACUUCGAAGAGACCCUAAACAGACCAGACCCAGAAGAAACUGCUGACUUCACUGACAUGAACAUACAUUUUGAAAUGUAUAGAGGACCCAUCCUAGAACAAGAAAUAAUAGAAGCUAUCCAAAAAACAAAAAGCAAUAGGGCUCCAGGAGAGGACAGAAUCACUGCGGAGAUGCUAAAGGGAUCUUCAACAAAGUAUGGAAUGAAGAAAAAGUCCCAGAUUCUUGGAAACGGGGAAUCAUUAUCAAAUUACCCAAAAAGGGCGACCUUAAUGUUUGUGAGAACUGGAGAGGCAUUAAUCUUCUGUCAGUACCAGGGAAAGUCUUCUGCAGAGUCCUAUUACAAAGAAUGA